CAAAUCUCACGCAUUUCCAUAAAAGCUUGAACAGUGGCCGCAAGCGGUCGACCAAAUCAGAAAAAACGAGCCACGGCGCAGUCAAGAGAUGACACAGCAAAAAUGUUUUGGCGCCGAUCUGUUCCAUCAGAAAAGGAACAAGGUGGCAAAUUUCGAGGAAUCGAUAACAUUGGCAGGCAAUGGUAAAUUCCAAUUAGGCGUCGUAAUUUGCGUUGGCCUGUGCCUUUUCGCCGUUUUGACGGAGGCUUCAAUGGCGUCUUAUUUGCUGCCCGCGGCCGAGUGCGAGCUCGAUUUAUCAUUAAAGGAAAAAGGUCUGCUCGGCUCCUCGGUUUUUGUGGGAUUUGCAAGCAGUUCCCUUCUGUGGGGCGCCGUCGGCGACGUUUGCGGUAGAAGGAGGACUAUGAUGAUCACUCUUUUAUUGUGCGCCUUUUCGACUUUGCUUUCGUCCGUCGCUCCAUCCUUUUUGCCUCUGCUCAUCUUCAGAGUAUGCUCGGGUUUCUUCGCUAGCGCCGCAUCGGGCCUCAUGUACGUCUAUUUGGGUGAAUUUUACAACAAUGCAAAACGGCCAAGGGCCAUUGUGGUGGCUGCCUCUUUGGGGUCAGCAGGCGUUGUCAGCAUCCCUGCUGUAGCCUGGUUUAUACUUCCUAAGCCGUGGAUUAUUAAUAUUCCUGAUCUGCCAUCAAUAACGUCGUGGAGAAUUUUUCUCGGAGCGUGCUCCAUUCCUAGUUUUACUGCUGCAUUCUUCCUCUUUUUGCUGCCUGAGAGCCCCAAGUUCCUGAUCAGCAAAGGAAGAGAAACGGAGGCACUGGAGAUCUUCAGAAGCAUCUACAGCGUAAAUGCAAGAAAGCCGAAAUCAAGUUACUCGGUUGACGCGAUUGUAGACGACAACGAAACGUCUCACGCCAAGAAGGACAAGUCCAUCAUACUCAUGUGCUGGGAGCAAAUCGCACCGCUCUUCCGCCGCGACCUGCUCGGGCAGACCUGCCUGGUGUGCGUGCUGCAGCUGGGCCUCUUCUUCGGCUUCACGGCCUUCAUCAUGUGGAUGCCGGAAAUGUUCAACCGGCUCAGGGCGCUGCCGGAGGGCACGGCCACCCUAUGCGAUGCUAUGGCCGCAGGUUCAGACCUCCCUAUGAUGGAAAUUGUCGAGGCCUCUGCUGGGAUUGUGCCCCUCGACACAAUCGUCACUUACAACACCACAACCACUAACUUCACGGAGGAGCACAUCUGCGACUCAAGCAUCGACGAUAACGUGUUCAUCUACGGCUUGUUCCUGACAACCGCAGGUGGUGUCGGCAACAUCAUCGCUGGUAUGCUAAUUGGAAUAGCCGGCAAACGCAACCUUUUUGUGAUAUCUUCACUUGCUGCUGCGGUAGCGGUCGGCAUUGUGCCGCAAAUAAGGCAGCCUACACUUUUAUUGGUGGUGUACUGCUCGGCGCUAUGCUUUGCAGGUGCUGGACCUGGCAUCCUCGCAGCCGGGACUAUCGAUCUCUUCCCAACCUCUCUAAGAGGGAUGGCAACCUGCUUGUCGAUGAUGAUGGCCCGCACCGGCGCUCUUCUCACAACAAUAGCUUUUGCUGCACUGCUCGAAAUCAAGUGCGAGUAUUCCUUCUACAUGCUUUGUGCAGUAUUAACUGGUUGCGCGAUUCUCGGGCUUCGUAUCCCCGCUAGAUGAGCGAUUCCAUCAUGGCAUUAGGGAUUAUUUGUUUGAAAUGAAAACCGUCUGCUGUUUAUUGCAUUAGAUUUUAUCUCUUUAUUGACAGACUCUAAAAAAGAAACACACCCACGAAUGAAUACACUGUGCAGACUCUGAAGAGGAAAGUGGUAAUUCAAUAAAAUGUCAAAAAAUAUGAAACGUU